AUGCUUUCCGAGAGAGGAGGAUGCUCAAAGAGCUCAGUUUGCAGAAUAUCCUCUUCGAGACGGCUAAACUGUCGUAUAUGUUUGGAAGAAGACAACGAGAUCAACAUGAUUUCACCGUGUGAAUGCCGCGGUUCCGUAGAAUUUGUGCAUGAACGAUGUCUGCAGCACUGGUUUGAAGUGAUGCACACACGACGCUGUCAAAUAUGCAAAACGGAGUACGAGCUAGAAGACCGCGGGAUGAAGCCGUACACGGAAUGGACACUGCCUGCACCACUGAGCGACGACUGGGAGGAUCAGCUCGACUUCAAAUGCGCCCUGUUUUGGCUUGUAUUCAUGUCACGCAUUACAUACGUGGUACUCAAGCAUGGUAUUACCGAGACGCGCUUAGCUAUCAUUCACAUUGUUGGCGGAGGAAAACUGUAUUACUUAUGGCUUCUCUCAUUUGGCGUAAAUUUCGUCUACUACAGCAUGGUGAUUUACGCCGUUCUCAAGAGAUGGAAAGAAACGAAUUCUGUUUACGUCUGGAAGAACAAAGCAGCAGCGAAGAAAAACAAUUGA